UAAUGCUAGCUGUGACUCGAGAUGGAGUGGGAAAGGAGCGAAAAAACAUUUAAACUAUAGCGGAUUCCGUCCGAUAUUUCUUUUGAAUCAGCAAUUAGGCUAAAGCUUACUUAUUGACCUAAUGGAUAACGUUGUUAAGCUUCCAUCACCAGCCCUCGGAUUUGAGGCCAUUCUUUCUGCGAUUAAACUGAAGGAGACCAAGGCGCCAUCAUCUGAACGAAUCUUGGCUGUGUUUAAAGUGUUUGACGAUGUUAUUCCACACACCAGCAUCUUUUCAAAAGUCUUGAAAAUAAUUCGAGAUGAAGUAUAUGAUGCUGUUUAUAGUCAACGAUAUACUAGUUCACAGGAGGUGGAAACAUCAUAUAAAACAGCAACAAAUGUUGUAGCUGAUCGUGGCGAAGAAACCAAAACUUUCAUUGAAAGAAUACCAUAUUUUACAUUGGUACAGCAAGUUUUUGCUCAAAGAAAUGAAGUGGCCGAUGAAUUAAAGGAUGAACUUGAAAUUCUUGAGAGACGACUACGAGACAAAGAGAAGCAAAACACAGGUGCACAGUCAGUGAUCAGCUCCCAACGCCAGCAGGUUUGCAUGUUGGAGGAAACGGUAGAAAGCAAAAAUCUGAUGGUUGAAGAAAGAGACAGUAAAAUUGAAAGUCUCCAAGAAACUAAUUCUGAUCUUGAGGAUAAAGCAAGAAAUGAGAAGCGAAGAUUAGAGAACAUUAUCAGGAAGUUGGAAGACAAAUUGUCACAGGAAGAGAAAGAAGUGGUUUAUUUGAACCAGUACAAGGAAGGGUACGAAUCAAUUCAUCAAGCAUUUAUUAUCUCCCCAGAUGAAAACAAAUUCCCUGGAUUGCAUUCAAAAAAGAAGAAAGCAGUUCUUGCAACUAAGAAGAAUCAACUUCUGAGUAGUCUUGAGGCUGCGAAAAAGCUUGAACAGCAGAUUCUGAUGGUCCAAAAUCAGAUCAUUGAUGAGUUUGAUUCUUACCUGGAGACCCACAAGGUUGAACUAUCUUCAAAGCAUUUCACUGAUAAAGAAGCAGAAUCACACUUUAGUGAAGACCACCGAGAACUUGAUCGAAUUGACCUGGAACUUCAAGAAGUCCAGGAUCAUUUCAAAACCACCAUAGGAUCACUUGCCAACGAGCUGGAUAUGAUCAGGCAGCACAAGGACAGCCUAGAGAAAGAGCUUGAGGACCUGAUGAAAAGUCAGGCUCCCAAGCCUCCAAGCCGUGAUGUCAGAGCAGGCUUCCGUCCCACCUCCAAAGACAGCUCAGUAAGCAGUGCUUAUGCCAGAAAGCAGUCAGUACUUAGUGGUAAAGUUUCAUCAAUUUCUGCUGAGCCUAUUGAAAGUUUUGACUUGCUUAGUAGCCAACAGGAUCCAUUUGUACCUCAGGAAACUGUCUUAAGCAAGUACAGUGUUAUGCUAUACACCUCAACUAACAGUAAACAAACUUUCCAUGAACUGAAAGAUGGGAAAUUUUGUUCAAGCUGCGGAGAAAAGACUGUUCUUUGUCCCCAUAAAGUCAGCGAUGAAAUGAUUAUAACUUUGCCUCAUCAGUGUACCCACAUUAAACUUUCCCGGCCAAAGAUCAGACUCCCGGUCGAGCUAAAAAAAAAGUCAAAGGAAUCUACAAAAUUUGAAUCCGUUGCAGGGACGACCAACGAAUCUACAAGCAAACCUGUCAAGCGUAUCCAGAGUCGUCAAUCCGUGGCCAGUAUUGGAAGCUCAAACCAAUUCUUCCAUGAGGAUUCUGUCACACCUGGCACAGUAGAAACCACGGCAACAGGUACCAUUCCCAUUCAAAAUCCCCCGGACAGCAAGCCUGCCAUUUUGGGUGGAAUACAGGAAUACCAGGGUAACUGGCUGUCAGUCAAUUCAUUUAUGAGAAUUUGGGAGGACUACAAAGAUAGGACAACACUGACUCGUGAAAUCCCACGGCCUAUGAAGCUGGAUCACACCUUGUCCAUUAUUGCACAGUAUUAUGCAGAUGUUUUAUGGUGUGAUGAGAAUGCAGAUGAGGAUACAGAGCUGGUUUCAAUUAUUGAUGGUCUGUAUGAUUUUAUGUUUGAUCGUUAUCUCACCCAAGAUGUCACAUACCUAGUAAUGCAUGACUUCAUCACAUCGUUGAUUGAAAAUGCUCUAGUCAACAAGCAUAUUCAAAUAUUUUCACACAUCCUGGUUGGCAAUCUGGAUGGAGCAGUCUUUCGUUAUUUGCUGCUGGUUGCGGAUUUGAUUGACAGAGUCGAUUGGCGUUAUGUGGAGGAUUUCAAGGGGUUCAUUGCCAACAUAUACCCCUUCCUCAAUGAAGAUGACAUUGAUCAGAUGCAUUUGGCUUACACAUCAUUCAGUGAGAAUAAAAUCACAAAGGAUUUGGUCUACGAGUUCUUUCUUUACAUUAUUCUGAAGUACCGGGAACCACAAUUUCAUGAGAUUGAAAGGAAAUUACUUCAACGUCCAGCGAAGGAGAGUGGCGUGCUAGACCAGCGCGAGUUCUUUGAAGCAAUGGAGGCGUUGUCACCACUAUCAAGUGAAAAAUUACGAACCCAACUUUUUAAGGAGUCAGCACUUCAUUACAGUGAAAAUGACAAAGUGUCUGUGAUGCGAUUGUCACAGAUCGGAAGCUAUAUACUUCUUUUACAAGUAGCACCGUUGCUAAGGCAGAAAAUUGCAGAGAAUGUGGAGGAUGCGAGACUCCACCACCAAAUACAAGCAACAUUGAGCAAAGCUGAUAUAGAAACAUCAAAACAGGCAGAUAUUAUGUCAAUGACAAAACUGAGAAAUCUUGCCAGAAACGUUGCCAGGCGAGAGCAACAUAGAAGUCUUCGGCAAAUUGAGGGAAAUUUGCGUUUUAACAUCGAAGAGGAGUCGUCCUCUGGAAAUAAGAUGCUUGUAGACCUUCUCCAAUCCAAUGGCCAGUUAGAUGACCUGUUGGUGGGAGGAAUGGAUUAAUGAUAGAAUGGAGUUCCAAUGUGCAAGGGAGAGUUACGCCCUGUCCAGACUCAAAUUUCAUUUGACAAAAACAUUAUAACAUGCCUAAAUACGGUCAUGAUGACAUCACAUCAUGACUAUAUAUGAGCAUACAACAGUUUUUUGUAAACGAAAAUUUGAUAGUAUGGGCUGGGCUUAAGUUAAAUGUCCUUGGCCUUGAUGAAACAUGUAUUUACUCAAAGUGUGCAUUUUCAAAAGUUGAGUCACACAUGCUCACAUUACAAAUUUCAUAAGUCAAUAUUCAUCCCUUGAUACUAAUUUAAAAUGUAAACAUUCUUAACUCGCCACCUGUAGUUGGCUGUGACUCAUCAAGUGUGGAAUUAUCACUUUAAUCAUAGCAGGGAGAUAAUAGUUAGGUUUAAUAAUCUCAAAUCCUCCUACCAGCAAGGCCUACAGUACUAGUAUAGCUUAUAACAAAAUAGAGUUGCACCUACAUAAUGUCAAGAGAUAUAUUGUUGCACCAUUAAGUGGUUUUGGACUUUGUAAUCACAUAACAAAAGAUCAUUAUGCUGAGUGUGAAAGAGGUACAAUGGUCUAGGCUAGUGGUCAUAAUCCUGGAUUGUUCCAGUGGCUAGUCCAACUGUCUAGUAUCCUUCGUGCAAUCUUUAGGUUCUGCCCGAGGUGAUUAGCGUCAGUAGGCCUGCAUCCUGGAUUCAAAGAAUUAAACACCAACUCAAUGUCGAGUGAUCUAAGGGCGUGUUUCUACUGAAUAGCGAGAAAGAAACGGUUCUCUUAUCAUUGGUUGAUUAUCGGAUUAGCAAGAUAAGAACCGUAUUGCAAACUCAUUUUGACUCGACAUGAAACGGUUACCAGGCUGAUACUCUACAUAUGCAUGAUGUAACAAUCACCAAGAAUGCAAUUUAAAAUGACCUUUAUAAUAAAAGCUUUUAAAACGAAAACUAUUUUUGUGCGACUACCAAGUUACAAACAAUGACGAUUCAUCCUAUCAUGUGAAUACAUUGUCAGUAUUCAAAUAAAACAAAUGCUUAAACUUUUGUUCUCGCAGUACAUCAAAGGUGAAUAAUUCAUUGUGUUGUGAACAGAAUCUUAAAAUUUGUUUUACUGAUUCCUCAGUAGAAACGGGCCCUAAGAGAGUGUAAAUAGACCGAUUGUAGCAUUAAAUCAUGGUUAUAUUAGACGGUGCAGUACUGUGUCAUACACCGGGUGGUACUAGGCCAGCUCAACAUGAUUCAUCAUCUAAAGUCAUGUCUGCACUGGUCAUUUUUCGGUAAAACUAACCGAGACACCAUUGACAAUUUCCUCUCAAUUAAUUUACCUGUGCAGCUCAGUUAGUUUAACCAUGGAGGUAAUUUUAUAGCUCCAUGGUUUAACCACGUUUAACUGAACAUUGUGCUCAGGGAGAUUGACCAGGCUAGUUUACCCAUCUGGAAAAUUCUGUGUGAAUGUUGUGAUUUGGUUGAAAUGUUUCUGAGCACAAUUCUUUGAACUGUGAGCCAGCAAAGCAAUAUGCAAUGUGUUUUACUGAUUUUCGUCUUUGAAUUAACUGUUUUGUAAUAUACUCAGUGUGUAAAUAAAAAUUUCAAUCAAAUAUAUUUGGAGAUAAA